AUUUUAUUUUUUCAUGAGAGACACACAGAGAGAGGCAGAGACACAGGCAGAUGGAGAAGCGGCCUCCCUACGGGGAGCCUGAUGUGGGACUUCAUCCCAGGACCCUCGGGGUUGCGUCCUGAGCCGAAGGCAGACCCUCAGCCACUGAGCCACCCAGGGUCUUGGAUCACACUCUGAUAACUGUUGCUGCAUAUAUGGUUAUGCAGGAGCAUUGUGUGUGUAUCAGAGACUCUUGUGCUUGUAGUAGGUGAGUUUAAUCCUCUUAUUUCUUACCAUCACUCAGACACUGAACUUAUUUCUACUACUAUUGUAUUUUUAAGUGUCUAUACUUUUGUUCUGUACCUUGUAUUGAUUUUUUUUUCCACUUUAACUCAAUACUUAAUAAGUUGUCUUUAUUCUUUCACAUAAAGUGAAUCUUCCUACUAAAUGAGGCAGCUUGAUGUGUCAAGAAGGUCGAGGGGAACAGAUGGCCUGAGGAAUUGUGCAUACAUUCCUGUAGUGGGGGCACGGUUGUGCAGGGCAGCCCCAGGUAGGGAGCAGAGUCUUCCUGGGAGACUAGCUGUGUCCUGAUGGGGAUGAGCACGGUCCUGAAGCUGCCCACAGAAGGGGCCAGGCUGGGCCUCCAUGUGUUCUUCUCUCUUCCCUCAGCACCAGUGUGACUCAUCACUGAUUUCUCUCCUGGGAAGCCCAGGGUACCAGGUGAUGGAGGCUUUGCACCUGUCUGCUCUGCCCCAGGCUGAGGUGACCUUUGAGGACGUGGCCGUGCUAUUCUCCCGGGAGGAGUGGGGCCGUCUGGGCCCUUCUCAGAGGGGCCUCUACAGGGAUGUGAUGCUGGAGACCUACAGGAAUCUGGUCUCCCUGGGAGCUGGACCUGUAGGUCCCAAGCCUGGGGUGAUCACACAGUUGGAGCGAGGGGAUGAGCCAUGGGACCUGGAUGCACAGGGCGCCAAGGGGACAGAGCGACUGAGAGUCAGUGUCUCAGGUCAUGGGGCCAGGACUGAAUUUAAGGAGUUGUCUUCGGGGGAGAUGCUUGAUAGGGAAGAACUGGAUCAACUCCAGGGGGCUGUUCCCCAGGGACAUGAUCCUGAAGAGAUCCCUGCAUGGAGCAGGGAGCCAGAGGAGAGCCUGGACAAGCCUGUGGAGCAGAGAGACCUGAGGCCAGUCCCACUGACCAGUGAGGACAGCAUUCAGGAGUCUGGGGGAGGCCUCAGGUUUUGGUCAAGCCCUGUCUCUAAUCAGAGACCUCAUAAAUGCGAUAUAUGUGAACAGAGUUUCGAACAGAGAUCAUACCUUAAUAACCAUAAGCGUGUACACAGGUCAAAAAAGACAAAUAUUGUCCAUGAUUCUGGGGAAUUCUUCAGUGCAAAUUUAGUUGUUAAAGAUCAGAAAAUUCCUCUUGGGAAAAAAUUACAUUAUUGUGGUUACUGUGGGAAGGCCUUCAGGUACAGUGCUAAUCUUGUCAAACACCAGCGGCUUCAUAGUGAAGAGAAGCCCUACAAAUGUGAUGAGUGUGGGAAAGCCUUCAGCCAGAGCUGCGAGUUCAUCAAUCACCGAAGGAUGCACUCAGGCGAGAUCCCCUACCGUUGUGGUGAGUGUGGGAAGACAUUCAAUCAGAGGCCCAACCUCAUGAAGCAUCAGAGAAUUCAUACUGGGGAGAAGCCCUACAAGUGUGGUGAUUGUGGGAAACACUUCAGCGCCUAUUCUUCCCUUAUAUAUCACCAGAGAAUCCACACUGGAGAGAAACCCUAUAAGUGUAACGACUGUGGGAAAGCCUUCAGUGAUGGCUCAAUCCUUAUCCGACAUCGCCGGACCCACACUGGGGAGAAGCCGUUUGAGUGUAAAGAAUGUGGCAAAGGCUUUACCCAAAGUUCUAACCUUAUCCAACAUCAAAGAAUUCACACUGGUGAGAAACCCUAUAAAUGUAAUGAAUGUGAGAAAGCCUUCAUCCAAAAAACCAAACUUGUUGAACAUCAGAGAAGCCACACUGGAGAGAAGCCCUAUGAAUGUAAUGACUGUGGCAAAGUCUUCAGCCAGAGCACACACCUUAUCCAGCAUCAGAGGAUUCACACAGGAGAGAAGCCGUACAAGUGUAGUGAGUGUGGGAAGGCCUUCCACAACAGUUCCAGACUCAUCCAUCACCAGAGGUCUCACCACGGAGAGAAGCCGUACAAAUGCAGUGAUUGCAAGAAAGCCUUUAGCCAGGGCACUUAUCUCAUCCAGCACCGGAGGAUCCACACUGGCGAGAAGCCCUACAAAUGCAGCAAGUGUGGGAAGGCCUUCCGGCACAGUUCGAACAUGUGCCAGCAUCAGAGGAUUCACCUCCGGGAAGACUUCUCGAGGUGAUCAUGGAGGAGGAUUCAUGAGUUCCACUAUGUACUUCUUCCAUAUGACCCACCCCACCCUUUUAUUUAUUGUCCACACAGUGUUGUUACAGAUGAAGGGCGUUUCUAAUUAAAAACAAGCAACAAAAAUUCUUUUCUUAAACCAAAAGCACUGCAUGUUCAUUUUAGAGAAAUUAAGAGUAUUAAGCAAAAAGAAGUUCUCCCCCACUUAGGAAAAGAAUCUGUCACUGCUGAUAUAAGUUUCCUUUCACACAUAAUUAAGAGCAUUUAAAAAAGGAAAUACUGUGUGCUUGUCGCUGCACAUAGGAUCUUCACCUAUUGCUAUUCUUUAAUCCUAGAAAACUCACACUGGAAAGAAUUCUACAUAUUUACAUGUUUUCACAUAUUGUAAAUUUAAAAGAUUAACAUAGUCAUACUUUUCUGUGUGUCUUUGUAAUAGAGUUGAUAAUUGCCGUUUUCAUUGUGGUAUAUAUGCAUAACAUAAAAUUUACCAUUUUAACCAUUUUUACAUGUAUAGUUCAGUGGCAUUAAGUACAUUCACAGUGUUGUAUAACCAUCACUACUGUUUUUUUUUAAUCUGAAACAAAGUCUAUACCCAUUAAACAAUAACUCCCCUCUUUUCCUCCUCUUAGCCGCUGACAAUCUCUGUUCUGUUUUCUAUGAAUUUGCCUAUUCUAGGUUCCUCAUAAGUGGAAUAAUACAAUAUUUGCCCUUUAUAUCUGGCUUAUUUCACUUUGCAUAAUGUCCUCAAGGUUCAUCCAUUUUGUAGCCUGUAUCAGAAUGUCAUGCUUUUUUAUGUCUGAAAAACAUGACUUUGUUCAUAGAUACCAUGUUUUGUUGAUUCAUUCAUCUGUUAAUAGACACUUGAGUGUUUCUGCCUUUUGGCUGUUGUGCAUACACUGCUGCGAGUGGGUGCACAAGUAUCUUUUUUUGACCUUUUUGGGGGUAGGGGAGAGAGUGCAUGAGCAGUGGGGGUGGAGGUAGGGGCAGAGAGAGAAAGAGAAUUUUAAGCAGGUUCCACAACCAGGGCAGAGCCCCAUGUGGGGCUUGAUCUCAUGACCCCGAGAUCAUGAUCUGAGCUAAAAUCAAGAAUUGGAUGCUUAGUCAACUGAGCCAUGCAGGCAUCCCUUGGAUCAUUACUCUCAAUACUUCUGGGUGUAAUUCUGGGAGCGAAAUUGCUGGAUCAUAUGGUAAUUAUUCUACCUUUACCUUUUGAGGAACGGCCAGACUUUUCCACAGUGGCUGUACCACUUUACAGCCAUGUACCAUUUACCCUUGUACAUUCCCAGCAGCAAUGAAUAGAGGGUUCUAAUUUCCCUACAUCUUUGUCAACACUUGUUAUUUUCUGUUUUUUUAAAAAUAGUAUCCAUCCUAAUGGGUGUGAAAUGGUUUCUCAUUGUGGUUUUGGUUUGUAUUUUUCUGAUGACUAAUGAUGUUGAACAUCUUUUCAGGCACUUAUUGACCAUUUGUCUUCUUCGGAGAAAUAUCUGUCUAAGUCCUUUGCCCAUUUUAGAAUUGGGUUUUUAAUUAUUUUUUAAGUUUUGAGGUGUAGGAAUUCUUUGUGUAUUUUCAUGGUGGUCCCUUAUCAGAUAUGCGAUUUGCAGAUAUUUACUCUUAUUCUGUGAGUUCUAUCUACUCUCGUGUCCUUUGAUGCACACAAAGUUUUAAUUUUUAUGAAGUUUAUUUUUUCUUUUGUUGCCUAUGCUUUGGAUAUCAUAACCAAGAAACUGUUAAAUGCAAGGUUAGGAAGAUUCCCCCCUCCCCCUUUUAUUCUGAGUUUUAUAGCUUUAGGUCUAAGGUUUUGGUCUUGGAUCCAUUAUAAGUUGACUUUUAUAUAUGGUAUCAGGUAAGGGUCCAACAUCUUUUGCAUCCAAUUUUCCAUACAACAUUUUUUGAAAAGACACAGUUUUCCCCAUUGAAUAGUAUAGGCAUAUCUCAGAGAUAGUGUGUGUUCAGCUCCAGACCACUCUGAUAAAGCAGAUAUCUCAGUAAAGCAAGUCAAAUAAAUUUCUGGUUUUUCAAUUCAUAUAAAUGUUAUGUUUACACUACAGUGUGUAUUAAGUGUGCAGUGACAUAUCUAAAAAUGCAGUGUACAAACCUUAAACACUUUAUUUCUAAUAAAUGGUAUCUGAACUCUCAGCAAA